UCACCCCGUGGAGACUUACCUGGAACAGGACACAGGCCGUUAUGCAGCGGGCUUUGAUCGGCCGGAGCGCGUCGCUCGCUCAGCAGGCGGCAGCGGCUCUGGAUGGUCCACUGGCUGCCAGGAACGCCCCGGCGCUGCAGCGUCUGGAGCGCUCCAUGUCCUCCGUCACUAUUCCACCGCCAGAAUGCAUGCUCCGACCGCUGGAAGUGCCUCUGCGUUACCUGUUUGGUCCGGGCCCCUCAAACGUCCCUCCUCGUGUCUUAGCUGCACAAUCCAGGCCAAUUAUUGGUCACCUGCACCCAGAAAUGUAUGAGAUCAUGAACGACAUCAAAAAGGGCAUCCAGUACGCCUUUCAGACAAACAACAACAUGACCAUAGCAAUGAGCGGCUCGGGACACGCAGCUAUGGAAUGCGCCGUGUUCAACGUCGUGGAACCAGGGGAGAGCGUCCUCAUCACCAUCAACGGGAUAUGGGGAGAGCGCGUGGCUGACAUUGCAGAGAGAAUGGGUGCCAAUGUUCACAGGAUGGUAAAACCACCUGGGGGAUAUUAUACCAAUGAAGAAAUUGAACAGGCCAUGGAAAAGCACAAGCCGGUCUUGUUUUUCCUUGCACAUGGAGAGUCUUCGGCUGGUCUCUGCCAUCCAGUGGACGGCAUUGGAGACAUUUGCAGAAAACACAACUGCCUCUUCCUUGUCGAUACUGUUGCAUCACUUGGAGCAGCUCCAAUUUUUAUGGACCAACAAAAAAUUGACAUCCUUUACUGCGGUUCUCAGAAGGCUCUGAAUUCACCUCCUGGGACAGCACCCAUCUCUUUUAAUGACAGAGCAUGCAACAAGAUGUUUAACAGGAAGACAAAGCCAGUAUCAUACCUCUUUGACAUGACACAUUUGUCCAAUUACUGGGGAUGUGAUGGCCAAUCAGUUAGAUUAUAUCACCACACAGGUCCCGUUUCUGGAUUCUUUGCGCUGAGAGAGAGUCUGUCGAUUCUUGCUGAAAGGGGGUUGGAGGAGUCUUGGAGGAAACACAAGGAGGUAGCAGCCUACCUCUACAAAGGACUGGAAGAUCUGGGCCUCAAGCUUUUCAUUCCUGACAAAGAUUUAAGGCUUCCUUCUGUCACCACCAUAUCAAUUCCUGAAGGCUAUGACUGGAGAGAAAUGCUCACCUACAUUAUGAAGAAUCACAGCAUGGAGAUGACGGGAGGACUGGGUCCAUCCAUUGGCAUGGUUAUGAGAAUCGGCUUGAUGGGAUACAACUGUGAGAAGACCAAUGCUGACAAGGCACUGCAUGCCCUGGCAGAUGCUCUGAAGAACUGCAAAAAGAGCAAGGCUUGAGAAAUCAUACUCUCAAAUUACUGACUCUCUAUGCUUCUAUAGGAUGCACAGACCAGAUGGAAGAUUGGAUGCAUCCAAGAAUCCCUUAGCACUAUUUACUGUAAUGCUUUUUGGAGCCUCUUCUUUUAUAUUCUUUCUUUUCAUUAAAAAUAAAAACUAAACAGAAUCUGCCAUGCUAAGUGCACUGAAGAUGUCGAAAAAGUUAUUUUUUUGAAUUACUAAACAUGUUUCUUUGU